GCUGGGCUCCGGCGCCUGGGGAUUGGGACCCUGACCGAGGAGGGGCCCUGGGGGUGGGGCCGGGGUGCGGAGUGCGGUAGGGUCAGUCACGUGCGUCCCACACACUCCCCCGGCUUCCACUCGCUCCCGGGCGGCUGGGCCCUUGGGGCAGCAGGAGUGUACUCUCGCCCAAGGAGGAGGCCGAGGCGCCCAGAUAACCUCGCUUCGUCUUCUCUCCCUGCUACCGGCCUUGGCCUGAUAGGAUCCGCGGGUCGCUUCCCCAACCCUGUCGGGGGGCCGAACAGUGUGUGGGUUCUCCGGCUGGGGGAGGGGAGGGGCGGGAGUCCUGGAAUGGCCUCCGAUCGGUGCAUCUUUCCCGUCUGCCUCCUGGCCUGCCGCUCCGCACCCCUCCAUCCAGUCCUCCAUCCCGGCCCCUCUCUCUGCCGUGGCUGUUUCCCACUUCCUGUUUUCUUCCCGGCUCUGGCGCCAUAGAGGGCCGCCUGGAGUGGGGGCGGUGGUGGGGCCCCCCAGGAGGCCGGCGUGUUCUUCCUCUACCACCACUCCUCCCUUCCGACCCUCAUAGUCCCUUAAAAAAAGUUUGGGCCUUCACGUGAGGUUGGGGGGUGCCCAGGAGUUUUGUGCCCCCAGGCUUUGCAUAGUCUGUCUGGGAGAAUCCCUACCCCGCCUCUGUGGGACCCAGGUGUGCUUCUGGGACCUCGCCAUUCCAGCCCUUGCUGUCUGUAUGCUGCCACUUCUGCACUCUGUCUCGCAGUCUCCUGAACUCCUCUCUCCAUGUGCCUGCUCUCUCCCUGCCUCACUGGCUCCCAUGUUCCCGAGGUCCCGCACCCCCAAGCUUCCUCCGUGCAGGUCUGGUGUUUCCCUGUUUUAAGCACGUGGACGCAUACACAGCACACUCACACAUGCUCCCCUUGCCCGUGCCUGGCUCCUGGCUCCAAGGCCUGGGGAACAGAGCCCCAUUGAGACACCCUGACGUCACCCCCUCUUCAUUCUCCCCCCCAAAGCCCGGAACAGGCCCUCAUGUAUGCUGUGUCCGAUGAGGAAAGCCGCCGUUGGGGUGGGCCUGGGAGUGGGGAAGGGUCCCUGCCAGAAGUGGGAGCCAGGGUCCAGGCCCUGAAGGAGGGGUUGCUCAGGGAAGGGGUUUAACAAGGGGGCCUGGGACAGCUCCCAGAAUGCAGCUUGAGGCCUUUCCAGAGCCCCCCCACCUCCUUUCCGAGUUCCCUUUGUGUUGCAUGUAGUCUCUCUCACUCCCUCUCUUCUGCAAAGUUUAUUUUUAGCCUUCUGCUCCCCCGCUCCCAGGACUGUCGCUGCACACACGUUGCCUGGUUACCGGGACACGGAGGCUGGGGCGGGUGGGCUGGGAAGGGUGGCUUUAAUUUUGGGGGGAGGGUGGAAGUCAGUACAUCCCCCACCCCCAGAUUGAUGUCUCAGGGGCUUCAGCCCCCCUUCUAGGUCUAGAGCCAGAUUGGGGCUGAGGUGGAAGUAGCAUGGAGCUUGGUUCCCUGAGAGGGGCCGGGAGCUUUUUGGAGGGGAUGUGAGGGGUCCAUGAAGCUGGUGGCUGGGUCAUCUGGGUUCCAGAGGACCCUGGGCCUUGCAGGAGACCUUGUGAUCUGGAUUCUCCAGAAGGGUGAGGAUAAUGGGGUGAACACCUAGAUUCCCAAGAGAGCGAUGGGGCUCUGGGGUCUCUGGAAGGGGUUGUCAAAGGCUGUCACUUUUAAAUGGAACAGGGGCUGUUGGUGUUGGUCUGUGAACAGCCAGAGGUCAUAUCCCUGGCACCCUGAGGGGCUGGUGGAAGGCCGGGAUAUAUCUGAAUGGGGCAGGGACUCCGGGGUUUAUGUGGUACUGAAGCCCAGUCUGGGCAGGAGUUGGGGGCCUGGGUCCCUGUGGGGGACAGUGAGCUCUGGAUUUGGAGGGGGUGGUCCCUGUGGGAGCAGGAACUACUGAUUCCCUGGGUUCCCAAGGGGAAGGAUCCCCUGUUGGAUUCCAGACUUGGGUGGAGUCUUUGAGGGUGGAUGUGUUGCCCGGAGGCCUUGUUGGUACCUGCUUGAGCUGGGGCCAAGGGAGGCGGAUUGACCCCUGCAGCCUGACUGGAUUUGGGAGCCGCCCAUCUUUAGCCGGCCACCUUGGCCUCCUCUCUCUAGUGGCACCAGGGCCCCUGCCCUGCCUCCCCCCUCCUUCCCUUCCUCCCCUUUCCCUCCUCCCACCCCUCCAUUACCGGCUGCCUGGUGCUGAAUUAUUGAUGGCCCCUGAUUACCCGGGGGUUUGGGAAAUGACAACAACCGCAGCCCCCCCACCCCCUACCCCAGGCUGCCCACCCCCUCCGGAGACCAGCCAGCCCACCACCAACCUCUACCCAAGGUUAAUGCUGGGCGUGGGUAGGCAGGUGGGCAGGGAGGGAGCUGAAGAUGAGAAGGCAGAAGUGGGAAGAGGGUGACAGCUCCAGGGUGCCUGCUCAAGCUCCAGGCCUGGGCUGGGCCCUCCAGCCAGGUGGGGCUUGGAUGCCUGGGUCUGGGGAGGGCAGUGUAGCUCAGAGGGUCCAGGGCUUGGGGGGGCCUCUCAGACAGUCUGGGUUUCACUCUCCAGGGAAGACAGAAGCCUCUGUGUGUGCAAGCGCUGACCUCAUCGGCAACCAGUCACCCCACCCCUCCUGGUCCUUUUAAGAAAAAAAAAAAAAAAAAAUCUUCUCUCAGGUCUUGGGGUGGGAGUAGGGGCUCUGUUGGGUCUUCGGAGGAGACAGUGCAUGUUUCUAAGGAGGACAUCCGAGGAGCUGGGGUGGUGCAACUGGCUCUGAAUGGGAGUGGGGGUAAGCUGGGGGGCUGCACCCCAACCCGACUGGCCACGUGUGCCCCUUCCUGCCCCUCCCCCACUGGCAGCCCUGCCCGCCAGCCUGGCUUGGUGCCUGGCCCCCUGGCACUGGCCCCGGGACCCACCGCCGACGGUUUCCUGUUUCUCCCGGUGUUGCCGGAGCAGGCUCCAGCUUCCCCUCCCCCCAGCUCCUGUCUAGCCCCUCACAUGCGGACAGACAGACACACACUGUCUUCUCUUAAAUCAGAUCUUGACUUGGCUGAGGGUUUGCCUUCCCGGAUUGGGCCUACAAGCCAGAGUCGUCCCCUGGCUCGAGGCAGAUCCAGCUGUGGCACUUUAUCCUGGAGCUGCUGCGGAAGGAGGAGUACCAGGGCGUCAUUGCCUGGCAGGGGGACUACGGGGAAUUCGUCAUCAAAGACCCUGAUGAGGUGGCCCGGCUGUGGGGCGUUCGCAAGUGCAAGCCCCAGAUGAAUUACGACAAGCUGAGCCGGGCCCUGCGCUAUUACUAUAACAAGCGCAUUCUGCACAAGACCAAGGGGAAACGGUUCACCUACAAGUUCAAUUUCAACAAACUGGUGCUGGUCAAUUACCCUUUCAUUGAUGUGGGGUUGGCUGGGGGUGCGGUGCCCCAGAGUGCCCCGCCAGUGCCGUCGGGUGGUAGCCACUUCCGCUUUCCUCCCUCAACGCCCUCCGAGGUGCUGUCCCCCACCGAGGACCCCCGCUCACCACCGGCCUGCUCUUCAUCUUCAUCUUCCCUCUUCUCGGCUGUGGUGGCCCGCCGCCUGGGCCGAGGCUCAGUCAGUGACUGUAGUGAUGGCACAUCAGAGCUGGAGGAACCGCUGGGAGAGGAUCCCCGGGCCCGACCACCCGGCCCUCCAGAUCUGGGUGCCUUCCGAGGGCCCCCGCUGGCCCGCCUGCCCCAUGACCCUGGUGUCUUCCGUGUCUAUCCCCGGCCUCGGGGUGGCCCUGAACCCCUCAGCCCCUUCCCUGUGUCGCCUCUGGCCGGGCCUGGAUCCCUGCUGCCCCCUCAGCUCUCCCCGGCUCUGCCCAUGACGCCCACCCACCUGGCCUACACUCCCUCGCCCACGCUGAGCCCAAUGUACCCCGGUGGUGGCGGGGGGCCCAGCGGCUCAGGGGGAGGCUCCCACUUCUCCUUCAGCCCUGAGGACAUGAAACGGUACCUGCAGGCCCACACCCAAAGCGUCUACAACUACCACCUCAGCCCCCGCGCCUUCCUGCACUACCCCGGGCUGGUGGUGCCCCAGCCCCAGCGCCCUGACAAGUGCCCGCUGCCGCCCAUGGCACCUGAGACCCCACCGGUCCCCUCCUCGGCCUCGUCAUCCUCCUCUUCUUCUUCCUCCCCAUUCAAGUUUAAGCUCCAGCCGCCCCCACUCGGACGCCGGCAGCGGGCAGCUGGGGAGAAGGCCGCAGCCGGUGCUGACAAGAGCGGUGGCGGCGCAGGCGGGCUGGCCGAGGGGGCAGGGGCACUAGCCCCACCACCCCCGCCACCACAGAUCAAGGUGGAGCCCAUCUCGGAAGGCGAGUCGGAGGAGGUGGAGGUGACUGACAUCAGUGAUGAGGAUGAGGAAGACGGGGAGGUGUUCAAGACGCCCCGUGCCCCACCUGCACCCCCCAAGCCUGAGCCCGGCGAGGCACCCGGGGCAUCCCAGUGCAUGCCCCUCAAGCUACGCUUUAAGCGGCGCUGGAGUGAAGACUGUCGCCUGGAAGGGGGUGGGGGCCCCGCUGGGGGCUUUGAGGAUGAGGGCGAGGACAAGAAGGUGCGUGGGGAGGGGCCUGGGGAGGCUGGGGGGCCCCUCACCCCAAGGCGGGUGAGCUCUGACCUCCAGCAUGCCACGGCCCAGCUCUCCCUGGAGCAUCGAGACUCCUGAGGGCUGUGGGCAGGGGACCUGUGUGUCCCCCACCCCCCAUGCUUCUUUUGCUGCCUUAAGCCCCCUGUGCCCUGGAGGUGAGGGCAGCUCUCUUAUCUCUUCCCUGCCUCCUCCCUUUUCCCUCCCCACAUUUUGUAUAAAACUUUAAUUUCUUUUUUUUAAAUGGUGGGGGUGGGUGGGUGCCCAGGGCUAGGGGCUGUUCCCUGUCUCUGUGGGUUUCUAAGCUCUGGGCAAAGUGGUGGUAGGGGGAGGGAGGGGGAAGUUAAGGGGGCCACCUCCAUUCUGGGGAAUUUAUAUUUGAAUUGAGGCUUUGGCCUUAACACCCAGGAACUUUUUUAUUACAAUCGCUUAGGAAGUAAAGCCUUGUCUCCCUCCCUGUUCUCUGCCUCUUGUACCCCUCUGAUCCACCCACUCUGCCCCACUCUGCCCCACUCCGCCCCACUCCCAGCCCUCCUCAGCCCCAGCCCUGCCUGCCCUGCCCCUCCAGGGGGCCAUGAGUGCCUAGGUUUCUCAUACCCCACAAGGGCACAGCAGGGGAGGGAGGGACAAUUUUAUGAUGAACCAAAAAUUCCAUGUGUUGGGGGGUGGGGGGCGGAGGAGGGUGAGGGGUGCCGCCCAUGGGCCACAAAUCUCUACAAGUGCCUGCUAUCCCUCUCCCACUCCCCACCCCAGCACCGGUCCAACCCCUUCAUCCCCAGCUGCUCCUAGGACUGGCCCAUGGGCAGGCGGGUGGGGGGAUGGGAAGGGGGUACCCUGAAACCAAACUGGAAGCCCCCUCUGCCUCCCAGCUGGGGCCUCUGGGGUGGGGUGGGGGGCUGUGGUCAAGCCUUAUUCUGUAUUGGGGACUGAGGGUGGGGGGAGUAGAGGGGCCGCUGGAGAAUGUAUUCAAAACAAUAAAACUUUGGACCUUU